AUGAAGGAGAAAACCAUUCCCCAUUCAAUCUGGGGCACGGUAGAACUUCCUUCUUACGGCCAUAAACAAUGGCAAGCGCAUUUUGGAAGAACAUUUGAUAUAUAUUCAAAACUGUGGAAGUUCCAGCAGCAACAUCGCUCAACGCUCGAUACUCGAUAUGGGUUAAAACGAUGGCAAAUCGGCGAAAUUGCAUCUAAAAUAGGACAGCUUUACUACCAUUUUUAUUUACGUACGAGUGAUACGACGUACCUGGUAGAGGCAUUUUCUUUUUACUCAGCAAUUCGAGGAAGGCGGUAUUAUACUUUAGCAAGUAAGGAAGCCAAAUGCGAGCUUAUGGUUAAAAAACUGCGUUAUUACGCUAGAUUUAUUGUUGUCGCUAUACUUCUACAACAGCCGAUUACAAUAGACGAAUUACUGUCAGAGUUAGAUCAGCAAAUUAUCGCAUAUGGAAACGCGUAUGAUCCAAACGAUCAACUUGAAUGGAUCAAUGUAUUAGAAGAAGUAAGGACAUUUCUGGUUGCCGAACCAGGAGUAACCAUUGUUGAUCCAGACAAUAAAAACAGAGUCGUUACAGUAACUGGACGUCUCAGCCAAGCGUCAGUACCGCCAAUAGAACGAAAUGCGCAGAUGGGUCUUUUGCUACACGAUGCGCUUAUUAUAGGAAGUGGAACUCAACUUGUGAAAUUCUCGGAAUUGACUAUAGAUAUGUUUCGAAUGGUUCAAAAUCUUGAAUGGGAAAUUGACGUCCCUAUAAGAGAUCCAUCGGGAGACUCGCCACAAAAUAGAUCGGGAUUAGGUGUAACGUCAAAAAAUCCGACAACUCGGCCAGGAGGUGUUGAGAGUGAUUCCAGGAGCUUAAAUCCCCAUAAGUACCUAUUGUUUAAGCCGUCCGCACGUCAGGUGUUAAUAUAUUUGGCAAGUAGUUGCAAUGACUUACCGCCCAAUUGCGCUCUACUCAUCUACAUAUCUGCUGAUGGGCAUCAUCCUCAGCAAAAUACCCAUCCUGAGGAUUAUAGCUAUGAUAUUGGAGGUCUCAUUACAACUUCAAAGUCAGAUAUAUAUAGAGACUAUAACAGAGAAACAAAAUCUAAUAUGAGCAAAUAUAAGGAUAAGCAUAUAUUGUAUCCGGGUGACUUGCAUCCUUUUACCAGAAGACCUCUGUUCAUUAUUGUGGAUUCUGAUAACUCUUAUGCAUUCCAGCACAUACCAAAAAUAUUUGGACAACCUCUUGUUGUUCUUAUGUCACCGUUGUCUCUGCCAGUUUCCCUGAGCGAUCGAAGGAAUCAAGGAAGCCUCUUCACACUCUUUUUGCAUAAUCCCAUAGCGGGACUCUGCAAUGCCUGUGACGUGUUUACAGUAAGUAUAUCGACCUGGGAGAGCUGUGUACAUCUUCGUGAUCGCUUCAUGGUUGAAGGAACAAGAUUAUUAAUGAGAAUAAGACUUGAUCCAAUGUAUUAUCCAUUCCUAGGUGAUGAAUUUCUAAGGCUUAUGGUUUUAAGAUAUAUAUUUUGUGAGAGUGUAUUAAGAAUGCACAGGAGUUUCCGCGCAAGAACAAAUCUUCCCCGAGCCUAUCCUCCAUUACCGGAUGAUCUAUUUGAACAUAGAGACCUAGUAGCGAUCGUUCUUCAAAUGGCAGACUAUAUUGGUGUGCGGAGUCAUUUCUACGAUGCUUCUGCGCCUGGACCUCAACCAAGAGAU